AGCUGGAGGGCCUGAAUCAGCAAGUGGCCAGCCUGAGUGGUCAGCAGGCCGAGCUGCAAGCCACCGUCCUGCGUCUGGAGGAGGAGAAGCGCCUGCUGGAGGCCAGCCUCCAGGCCGAGAGGAGGACCUUCGAGGCGGAGAAAGCCCAGCUGACGGCCCUCCUGACAGAGCUGCAGAACUCCAGCGCCGAGAUCUCCCGGGCCAAGGAGAAGCUGGAGCAGGACUGCCGGGCCCAGGAGGAGUGCUUGAUCGCCCAGUCCAACACCCUGACGGCCGAGAUCGCCAAGCUGACGGGCUUCCUGCGCCAGAGGGACGAGGAGCUGCUGGCUCUGCACCAGCAGGUGGAAGCCGAGCGCAGCCAGAAGAGCCAGCUGGCCGAGGAGUGGGAGCAGAAGGAGCAGAGGUCUCGGGCGGCCAUCGAAGACCUCGGCCGGCAGGUGGACCAGCUCGGCAGCUCCCUCAAGCAGAGCCAGCAGAAGGUCUCCCAGAUCGAAGCCGCCAGCCAGGAGGAGUACAACCGCAUCGCCCAGGAGAAGGAGCUGGCCGUCCGGCAGCUGCAGGAGAAAGAAGCCGAGGUCUCCUCCCUGGGGGAGCGGCUGCAGUCCCUGGAGCAGGUCCGCGCCUCUUCCGCCAUGGAGCUCCACCAGGAGAAGGUGGAGGCCAGCCAGAAGAUCCAGGCGCUGGAGGCCAGGGUCUCGGCCCUCACCGCCCAGGGCCAGCAGAGCGAGGCCCAGGCGGCGGCCGUCCCGGCCUUGAAGAGCCAGCUGCGGGAGGCCCAGCAGAAGCUGGCCGAGAAGGAGAAGCUGGCCAAGGAGCACGCCCGCCUGCAGGAGCGCCUGAUGGUGCUGGAGGAGUCCGUCCGCAACACCGAGGGCAUCCUGGAGGACGAGAAGCGGAGGGCGGCCGAGUCCCUGGAGAGCAACCUCCGGCAGAUCGCGGAGCUGGAGGAGCAGGUCCAGGGGCUGGCCAGGCACAAGGAGCGGGCGGCGGAAGGGCUGGCCGAGGAGAAGGCCAGGAGGGAAGCCUUGGAAGGGCAGAUGCAGCGGCUGGAGGAGGAAUCCAGCAGGAAGCUGGAAGAGCUGCAGCGUCAGCUGGCCGAGUCGCCUGUCGCUAAAAAGGAGCUGACCGAAGGCAGCGGGCAGGAGCCAAGCGGCCAGAGGUCCCAGGCUGACCAGAAGAAGCUGGCCGAGCUGGAAGCCCAGCUGAAGGACCUCAGCGCCCAGCACCAAGAAGCCCUGGAGGCCCUUCAGGCCAAGCUCUCUCAGUCCGUCUCCCAAGUCAAGGAGAAGACGAGCGCGGAAGAGAAGCUCCGAGCCAAAGUGGCCGCCUUGGAGAAGCAGGUGGCGGCCGCGCGCCAGGAAUCGGACCAGGCCAAGAAGGACGGGCACCAGGCCGCCCAGGAGCUGGCGGAGGCCGCCAAGAGGCUGGCCGAGGAGCGGCUCAAGAGGGAGGAGCUGGAAGCCAGAGUGAAGCGGUUGGGAGAGCAGAGCAGCGAAGAUCUGACCACGGCCGAGUCCAGCUUGUCCAGCCUCCGGUCCGCUCUGAAGGAGAAAGAGCAGGAGUUGGAAGAGGCCUCCGCCCAGCUGAAGGCGCUGAGGGCCGAGUUGGGGGAGGCCGUGCAGCAGCGGGAAAGCCGGCUGGCUCAGCACCGGGAGGAAGCCAAGCGGCUGGCGGAGGAGGAGGAGCGGCUCCAGGCCGAGCUGGCUGCGGAGAAGGCCCUGAAGGCGGCCCUGGAGGUGCAGCUGCAGAACCUCACCAACGAGCACCGGGUGGAGGUCUCCGGCCUGCAAGAGGAGGUGGCCAGGGCCCAGGACCUGGUGGGCGAGAAGGAGAGGGAGCUGGAGGAGCUGCGGCUGAAGAACGUCUCCCGCUGCGAGGAGCUGAGGGACCUGCAGAAGACGGUCAGCAAGCUGAAGGGGGAGCUGGCCUCGGUGGAGGCGCUGAAGGAGCGGGAAGCCAAGAUAGAGAGCGAGCUGCAGGGCUUCCUGGAAGUGGCCAGGACCCGGGAAGCCGAGAUCAGCGGCCUGAAGGCCCUCCUGCACUCCAGGGACGCGUCCCUGCAGAGCCUGGAAGAGCAGAAGCUGCAGUGGGAGAAGGAGUCGGCCUCCCUCCGGGAGACGCACGAGAAGCAGCUGAAGGAGGGCAGAGACCUCCAGGGCCAGCUGGGAAAGCUGGAGAAACAGAGCAAAGAGCAGCAGAGCACCAUCGCCAAGCUGGAGAAGCUGACGGCGGCCUCCAAGGAGCAGCAGCAGGCCGAGGCGGAGGCGCUGAGGCGGGAGGCGGGCCACCAGAGGCAGAAGGCCUCCGAGGCGGAGAAGCUCCUGGAGGCCUCCAAGGCCACGGUGGAGAAGCUGAAGAGGGAGCUCCUGCAGACGGAGGAGGAGCUGGUGCGCAGCCGGAAGGCCGUGUCGAGAGCCGAGGAGGAGUUGGCCUCCUUGCGGGCCUCGGCUCAGGAGAAGGACCGGCUGGAAGAGAGCCGGAAGGAGCAGAUCUCCCGCUACCGCCAGGAAGCGGAGAGGAAGGCCAGCCACGUCAGCAGCUUGGAGCAGGACAGGUCCAUCCUGCACCGGCAGCUGGUGGAGAAGGAAGCGGAGAGCAAGGACCUGCGGCGCCUGGCCGUGGCCGAGUCGGAGAAGAGCAAGAAGCUGGAGGAGCGGCUGAGGCUCCUCCAGUCCGAGAUGGCCACGGCGGCCUCCCGGGCGGCAGAGCGCUGCUCGGCCAUGAAAGCCGAUGCCCAGAGCUACCAGGAGCAGGCCGAGAAGCUGCAGCUGUCCGUGGACGCCCUGAAGAAGCAGGAGGAGGCCCUGGGCCAGGAGCUGAAGUCCUGGCAGGAGAAGGCCUCCCAGAAGGAGCAGCUGCUGGCGGGGCAGCAGCAGGAGUUGGCCGGCGCACAGGCUCUGAUCGGGGAGCUGAUGCCCCUCAAGGGCCUGUGCCAGCAGCUGGAGGCCUCCCAGGCCUCGCAGGGGGACAAGCACCGCGAAGAGGUGGACCAGCUGCAGAGGGCCGGCGGCCUCCUGCAGGCGGAGCUGAUCCGGGCCAAGCAGGAGCUGCAGGAGGCCUCCUCCGCCCAGGAGAGGCUCUUCCAGCAGGAGCAGCUUCUCCGCCAGCUGCAGGCGGAGAACGGCGGCUACGUGGAGCACCUGGCUGCCCUCCAGCAGGCUCACAGCCAGCUGGCCGAGGAGAAGAGGGAGCUGGCGGAGAAGGCCGCCCAGGGGCAGCAGAGCCUGGACAGGGAGCUGGCCCAGGCCAAGCAGAAGCACGCUCUGGAGCUGGAGGCGGCCCGGAUGGACUCGGAGAAGCUGCUGGCAGGCAGCAAGAGGGAGGCUGAGGAGGCCCAGAGGAAGCUGGAGGAGAUGGCCAAGACCUGCGAGGACACCAAGCAGCAGCUGGCCGCUCAGGCAACUCUCUUAGGAUCCCUUGGAAGGACUUUUCCCUUUCUCGAUCUUAGAGAAAGCUUAGAUCUCAGAGAGAAAAUCUAUAGUUGGAUAUCACUUUCUGAUUCCUGGAAAUUGUCUGAGGCUUUCUUUCCAACAUUUUCUAUCCAACACUUUUAA